UCGCGCAAUGACAUGGCAUCUCCUUUCUGAUCUUUGAUGCCAGAAAUCGUUCGUUCUCGCUCUCACCCUAACCCCCCUCAAUCAUCUUCCUCUGUGCCCCUCGUCAAGCUCUUACUUUGAUCCUUGUAGCACAGCCCCGAAAUCCUCUAGUCCUAUUCGUAUCACUGUAUAAAAAAUUUCAAUAAUUAAUCUCUUUCGCGAGACCACGAAGUUUCUACCUUGUCAUCGAUCUGUCGCUGUUGAUUAUCCUUCUUAUAGAGUCUGUGUUGCAUGUAUCCUGAGAAUACCAUUGUUCGCUGGUAAAUUAGGGGGCCUCUCAUCUUAAUUGAGGCCUUUGGAUUCUGGGGUUGUGUUUCAAUUUUGUUUAGUAGGUUUUGUGAUCAUCGGGCGAGCUUUGUUCGUCCAGUUUAGGAAAUAAUGGAAUCAAGUCGAAGAGCUGUGGAAUCUUACUGGAGGUCGCGGUUGAUCGAUUCUGCUACAUCGGAUGAAGAUAAAGUCACUCCGGUGUAUAAAUUAGAAGAGGUUUGCGAACUUUUGCGGUCUUCGCAUGUUAGUAUUGUGAAGGAAUUGUCGGAGUUCAUCUUAAAACGACUGGAGCAUAAGAGCCCAAUUGUAAAACAGAAGGCUUUAAGAUUGAUAAAAUAUGCAGUUGUGAAGUCUGGUGUUGAGUUCAGGAGGGAAAUGCAGAGACAUUCAGUCGCAAUUCGUCAGUUGCUUCACCACAAGGGACAACCGGAUCCAUUGAAAGGUGAUGCACUAAAUAAGGCAGUGCAGGACACUGCUCAAGAGGCCAUCUCUGCCAUCUUUUCUGCAGAAGACAGUAAGCCAACACCUGCUGAAGAUCUUAACAGGCGGAUACAAGGGUUUGGGAAUACAAACUUUGAAGUAUCAUCAGAAGAUAAGAAAUCCUUUCUCAGUGAGGUAGUUGGUAUUGGAAGUGCAUCAAUCAAGCAAGGACUUAGUAACUUAGCACAGGGACAUUCAAUUAUGAAGAAUGAAACUGGAACCUACAAGAGUCCAAAUCUUCGAAGGUCAUUAACUAUGGAAACAGAAGAUAGUGGCAGAUAUGAACCAGUUACAUAUAUCAAUGAAACUCAAGGUAGUUUUGGACACUCAAAGAAUCAAUCUAGUGGCUCUUGGAACCCGGACUCAAGAGUGGUUAAGAUGGAAGCAUUGAAUGGUGAUUCCAAUGCAAACCAUUCAGGGAGUAAGACACGAGAGGACAGGCUGCUGGAGACAAUUGUAACCUCAGGAGGUGUUCGCCUACAGCCCACUCGAGAUGCCCUUCAAGUUUUCCUAACAGAGGCUGUGAAGUUGGAUGCCCUGUCUUUAAGUCACGCCCUCGAAAUAAAGCUUCAGUCUCCAAUGUGGCAGGUUCGCAUGAAAGCUGUCUGUGUCCUUGAAGCCAUCCUUAGGAAAAGGGAUGAUGUUACUUUUUCACGUAUAGCAUCAUACUUCACUGAAAAUAAAGAUGUGGUUGUGAGAUGCUCGGAAUCUCCCCAAGCUUCACUGAGGGAAAAGGCUAACAAGGUUAUUGGUCUUCUUGGUGGAGAUCAGCCAAACAGCUCUCCAUUUAUUUCAGAGAAGCCUGUGAAGGCAGAGGCUGCUAAUGUUGUUGAGCUUCCCAACUUGAUAGACACUGAUGAUUCCGAUGAGAAUCUUGGAGGGGACAAUUUUACGAAGACUACAGAUGAUCAGAAUGUAUCAAACUUGGCACCAUCCACACCUUUAGUUGAUGAUUUAUUUGGAGAUUUCAAUGGUUCUAUUGAAUCUAGUAUUGAACAGAAAAAUGAUGAUGACCCCUUCGCUGAUGUAUCAUUUCAUACCAAUGAAAAUAAAGGACAAGCAGAUGAUCUCUUCUCAGGGAUGACUAUUGGUGAUAAACAGAGUGAUAAUCUGAUUCAUGGGCUGGAAAGUAUUAGUGAGCCAGAAACUUUUGACAUUUUUGCUUCCGAUUCCACUCAAGCAAGUCAUGAGCAUGUUAGUGAUUUGAUGGCUGGGCUGUCUGUUAAUGAGAAUACAUCAAGUACAAAGCAGAAAACAAUAUCUUCUGUCUCACAGUCGGAAUCUUUAUUGGCAGGUUUGAAUAAUCAGUUUGGCCAUCAGGCCCCUGGUCAUGACUCAGGCAACAUGUUGAACUCUCAAGCAGUUGGGUUCAACGCAAAUCCCAUGUUUCCUACUGGCCAUUUGCCUUAUAAUGUACAGCCUGGUAUUAUGUUGAGCCACACUUAUCCGUCUCAACCACUUAAUUAUAGCGCCAUGGGAAGUCUUUUAGCUCAGCAGCAGUUCCUGGCAACCAUGGCUAAUUUCCAACACCUUGGUAAUGUAAGCAUGCAAGAUGCAGGUGUUGCUCAGAUUGCUGGAACCGAUGGAAGAAUGCCGAUGCCAGACAUAUUCCAAUCAAAUUUUCCUACUCAAACUCCUACCUCAAUGAUUAGCAGUUCGAAGAAAGAAGACACUAAAGCUUUUGAUUUCAUCUCGGACCAUAUUGCUGCAACUCGUGAUACUAGGAAAGUGAUUUGAAUUUGAAAGGCUAUGCUUUUGCGACGAUGGACUUCUGUGGUUUUGUAUUGUUGGAUUUGAUACGAAUAGAGCGAGCGGUUUAUGAUUUCCCUAGAAAUGUUGUGCAGUUAGUUGAGCUAUUGCAAGGUGCAAUUCAGGCAUGAAUAGAAAUACAUGGUACUUGAGGGUGCUUCAUUCACUAUUUCUUGCUUCGAGAACAAUAAGCAUGGUUAAUUUCGUUUAGCAUGUCAGAAAAAAAUUACGUUGUUCUGUCUCGCGCUGCUUAUGAUGUGGUUUGACUGUAGACCUGGGCAUGAGUCAAUGAUUUAAUUGUCUUUACCUGGUUUUAUCUGCCA